UUGGGAAUAUUUUUCUGUUUUAGAACGAGUGUUGUGUAAUUUUUUUUCUUUUUUGGUGCUGUGUAAAAUAUAACCUUUAGCCAAAUCCAUUACAUUUCUUACAAAAUUAUGAAUCAAAAUAAAAUCGUCGGAAUCACAUGUGAUAUUAUUAAUAUACAGAUAUCGGAUUACGACCAUUCAUUGUGGUGGCACUUUUAAAAUAAAUUAAAGAUAUACAAGUAUAGUUCUAUACACAACAUUUACUAAACUGAGAUUAAUAUUUAGUAUUUAUUAUAUUAAUUGCUAAAUUCUAACAAAAAGGUUGAAAAGGAAUAACUUUUGUAACGGCGGAAAUGAGUCAGAAGAGAGUAAAAAGGCAAAUACGAAAAGGUGAAAGUUUUUUUUUUUUUGUGAUUCCUUUUGCAGGGAUUGCGUGUGAAAUACAGAUAUUUCGUUUAAAAAGGUAAAACCCAAGAAUGAUAAAAGAAAUAAAAAGUAACCAACGUUUUUUCACCAACACGUUUUCGAUGGCACGUGAGCACACCGCUCUUCACGUUCAGGAACGAAACACUCAAGCGAUCUCGUACACGCGCUAGUUUCAGACGCGCGAAACUAGUUUGUCCUAUUUCUCUGACUAGAUUCAACUUUUAUUGCGUCAUCAAAACUUUAUUACUAGUUGGUAACCUUUUUUCCACACUCAUCCAAAAGUAGUAUAAUUAGUCUGUUUUGUUUUCCACAAUAGUAUCAAAUACACAAAUUCUAAUAAUAUUCAUAAAAAAUAUAUUUCGCAACCGUAUAGCAAAUUACAAAGAUUAAUAUUUUAUCUUGUAGAUGAACUAGUGGAUACAUAAAAAUGCUUAACAAAUCAAUUAAUCGUCAAAUAAGUUAAUCAUAUAAUGGUUUACACUCCAAAAAAUAACGCUCAUUAAAAAAUUCGAAAACACUGCAACUCUGUCAAAGCAAAUAUUUUAGUCUUACAAAUUACGUAUAUUAGUUGGAUGUUUAUUGUCUAAAAAGGUACUUUCAAACCAAGUUUAAUGACUUUGAGGCUUUCGUCCCAUUAUAGCUGCAGACACAAUAACUUGGUCAUUUCUAAUGAUGUUAUAAUAUUUGGCGUCAAAUAAAUUCAAAUAGAUAGAUGAUUUUUUUUUUUUUUUGGCACAAAAUAGAUAGAUUAGACAUUGAAAAGCUAUGAGAAAGUUUUUGAAGUUGUUGUGAAGCAGAUGAUUCCAUCUUUCUUUUUCUUUACCAAUCUUCUUUUUUCACACGCGCUCACACUAACAAGACAGAUACAAUGAAAGUCCACAGUAACUCAAGAACAGAGACAGAGAUAACUUUUUGAAAAAGCUCCUAUUUUACCUUUCUGUUGAUCGCUUUUGUUUUUCUGUAAAAAGCCAUCUUUUGUGUUGCUCCUUUUUUACCUGAUAAACAAUUUUUCUCUGCCAAAACUUUCUUUCACUUCUUUUUAAAUUUAAUAUCUUGGCCGGUCCAGAAAGCUCUUAAUGCAAAGGUUUCUCCUUAUUAAGAUAACAAAGAGAAAGAAAAGAAAAACAGCAGCCAAGACUUUUUCUUUCUUCUCGUUGAGAUGAGAGCAGAUUUGAUUACAAUACAGCAAACGCUGACGCCCGAAGCAGCGACUGUUCUCAACCAGUCCAUCGCCGAGGCGACACGUCGCAACCAUGGCCACACGACGCCCCUCCACGUGGCGGCCACUCUCUUAUCAUCCUCCUCUGGUUUUCUCCGACAAGCUUGCAUCAAGUCCCACCCAAACUCCUCUCACCCACUCCAGUGCCGAGCUCUCGAGCUAUGUUUCAGCGUCGCCCUCGAACGCCUCCCUACUACUACAACUUCUUCCCCAUCGCAAACGCAGGAGCCUCCUCUUCUUUCAAACGCUCUAACCGCGGCUUUGAAACGCGCGCAGGCUCACCAGCGGCGCGGUUGCCCGGAGCAGCAGCAGCAACCGCUUUUGGCGGUUAAAGUCGAGCUCGAGCAGCUUAUCAUUUCGAUUCUCGAUGACCCGAGCGUAAGCCGGGUCAUGCGAGAGGCUAGCUUCUCUAGCCCCGCCGUGAAGUCCGCGAUCGAACAGUCUCUUUCUGGUAAUUCCGUUAGACAAGGCGGGAUGGUUAACCCGUCUUCAAUUGGAUUCGGUUAUCGACCUGUACCGGUUCCGGUUAACCGGAAUCCUUACGUUAACCCCCGGUUACACCAUAACGGUUCCUCGGGGGUGAUACAGAGGACAGACGAAGUUAAACGGGUCAUCGAUGUAAUGACCCGGACCCGGAGAAGAAACCCGGUUCUCGUCGGAGACUCGGAGCCUCAGAUUCUCGUUAAAGAGAUUCUCGCCAAGAUCGAGAGCGGAGAAUUUUCCGACGGUCCGCUUCGCAAUUUUCAGGUGAUCCGGUUGGAGAAUGAGUCAGCUGCGCAAAUGGCGACGAGGUUCGGUGAAAUCUCCGGGUUGGUGGAGACCCGGAUCGGGAAUUCGGGUUUGACCGGCGGUGUUGUUCUUGAUCUCGGAGAUUUGAAAUGGUUAGCGGCGGGCGGCGGCGGCGGCGGAGGAGGAGCUUUGGCGGAGAUGAGGAAGCUUUUGGAGAGGUACGAAGGGAGGUUAUGUUUUAUUGGUACGGCUACGUGUGAGACUUAUCUACGAUGUCAAGUUUAUUACCCUUCGAUGGAGAAUGAUUGUGAUCUUCAAGCGAUUCCGAUCGCCGCUAAAUCUAUUCUCCCGACCAUGUUCCAAAGGCUUGGGAGCAACUACAAUAAUAACUUCUUAUUAAGCAGUAAUAUCAUAUCUCCGACGAGAAGCUCCCAGAUUCCGACGAGUAAAAUGGGCUGUUGCUCUCUGUGUUUGCAGAGUUAUGAAAACGACGUCGCUAAAUUGGAAAAAUCAUUAACCGGAGAUAACCGGUCGGUCUUGCCACAGUGGCUGCAGAACGCUAAAGCCGACAACGUCGGUGACAAGAAACCUACGAAAGAUCAAGAGAUAGUGGAGUUGCAGAAUAAAUGGAAUGACUUGUGUUUGCGUUUACAUCCAAAACCAUCUCUGUCUGAAAUAACGGCUCCUUCGUCCUUGUCUAUGUUGAAACCAAACCCAAGAUCGGACAUAACUCCACCUGGAAGUCCAAUCGCUACAGAUUUGGUUCUCGGACGUUCCAACAACAGAAUUGUAUCAUCACCGGAGAAAAAGAAGACUAGUGAAGCCCUUUCCGGAAAGCUAGGAGACUCAUUCGACAUCGAUCUAUUCAAAAAGCUACUCAAGGGCUUAGCGAAAACCGUCUGGUGGCAGCACGACGCAGCCUCUUCGGUAGCAUCAGCGAUCACCGAAUGCAAACACGGAAACGGGAGAUCAAAAGGUGAUAUUUGGUUAAUGUUCACCGGUCCAGACAGAACCGGGAAGACCAAAAUGGCCUCGGCGCUGUCCGAUCUCGUCUCGGGAAGCCAACCGAUAACCAUCAGCCUCGGCUCCGGUUCACGGACCGACGAUGGUUUAAGCCUCCGUGGCAAAACGGCGUUGGAUAGGUUAGCGGAAACCGUUAGGAGAAACCCGUUCGCGGUUAUUGUGAUGGAAGACAUCGACGAAGCUGAUUUGUUGCUGCGUAACAACGUGAAGCUAGCGAUGGAACGAGGGAGGAUCUGUGAUUCGUAUGGACGUGAGGUUAGUCUAGGGAACGUUAUUAUAAUCCUGACUACAGAUUCGUCGCACGGUUUAGCUGAACAAGUUGUUCCUAUUGACGAGACAAGACUAGAGAGUCUGGUGAGGAGAGGAUGGAAGCUAAAACUCUCGGUUUGUAACAGAAGCAAUACACGGAAACGAAAACCAAACUGGCGUUGUAACGACCAAACAAAGCAGAGGAAAGAGAUUUGUUUCGACUUGAACGAAGCGGCCGAGUUUGAUUCGUCUAGUGAUGUAACGGUCGAGCACAACGAUCAAGAAGACAAUAGUAACUUCCUUCACAAGCUAGUGGCGUUAGCUGACGACGCUAUAGUCUUUAGAUCGGUUGAUUUUGGUUCGAUCAAGAAUAAGACCAAAGAAUCUUUAAAUAAACGUUUCUCUGACGGUCUAACGGUGGAGAUUGAAGACGAUGCUCUGGAGAGAAUCGCUGGCGCGAUUUGGCUUAGCAAGAUUAGCUUAGAGGAGUGGCUUGAGGAAGCAAUGAGUUCGAGCUUGAAUAGCGUGAAGUCUCGAGUGUCUUCUUCGUUAGAAGAUUCUGUGAUUAGGAUUGAGCUUGAAGAUGAUGUAAGUGAUCGAUCAUCCGGAGGGUAUCUUCCGAGUAGUAUAAGAACGGUGGUCGUUUGAGUAGUUUUUGUUUUUUUCCGGUGAGGGGUAGAUUCGUAAUUAUUGAAUUGGGGAAGGGGAAAGAUGUAAAUAGUGUUAUGUCUCCAAACCGUCUUUGGCGGGGAGAGAAAAGUUCGGUUAAAACAUUACAGUAAAAAAGAGUUAUCAACGGCUCAGAAUAACUUACAGCCUUUAGAUAUGAUAUGAAAGUAUAAUUUUUUGUUUCU